AUGAGCGAUGAUAAGACGCUAGGGAAGAACUUGACUAGGGCAGAGGCGGUGGCAUUGGAGCAGAGAAUUCGGCAGUUAUCUGAAAACUUCCAAAGUCAGGAUUCAAACGUGCAAACAGAGCAGACGGAAAGUUCGGGAGAGGGCGAGGCCCAGAGACCUAAGAAGCGUAAGAUAUCAGUAGGCUCUGCCAGUAGUGAAGAUCUGGAGUCUGAAACCAGCGAUAACGAAAACCAGUAUAAUGGGCUUAACACGCUUCUAGGUACGGCGAUUUCAGAGUAUGGAAGCUCUCACGUAAGCGAGGAUAUUCGUGGAGAGAUCAGACGGUACUCCCAUUCGUUUACUCCCCAGGGUGCCAGGGAAACGUUCAUUGCAACGGAAAACUUGUCUAUUGGAAAAUUGGGAAGAGACUUUCUUAAAGCUCUGCGGAAGAAUACUGUUAGAAAUAGGGCCACCGAUAUUACUGCCUACGAUAUGGGUAUUUUGAAGAGAGUAUCUAGACGGUACUUUACCUGGAUCAAUAGUGCCUACCCAGUGAUGCACGAAACACAGUUCUACGAGCUUCUAGAGCUGUGCCAUGGCUCUGGAGGUACUGCUUCAAAGGUGUCGUUAUUGCAAGUGAAGAUCGUUAUAGCCAUAGCUUUGGCAUCUAUAAGUCGACCUCACCUUUCGACGUCUGAGCUUGGCCAUAGUGCUCAUGCCUUUUGGAAGUCAGCUACAAGGCUCCUCGCAGCGUCUAUAAGUGACGCUCCAGGCCUUGUUCAGCUUCAGAUAUCAUUACUUUUGUUGCAGUAUACUCUUCUAGUUCCCAAAACAGGCAACCUCUGGCAACUUGCUGGCUCGGCAAUGAGAUGUGCAACGGAAUUGGGUAUUUACGCUGAGCCCACUCCAGGAAAACAUGUUGAGCCAUUGACUCUCGAUCUUCGUCGUCGCCUUUUUUGGACAUGCUAUUGCAUCGAUAGGACUCUCAGUACUAUUAUGGGACGUCCUAGCAGUAUUCCUGACGAAUGGAUCAGUUCAGAAAUGCCUUCGUUGGUGGAGGACUCACUUAUUACCAUAGACGGAAUACAGUCAGGCCCUACAUGUCAUUUAAAAAUUGCCCUCAUCCAUCACGUUCACAUUUGCCGUUUACAGUCAGAGAUCCAUGGUAGACUCUACGCCCCAGGACACAACUCAAGGCUUGACCAAGAGAGUCUUUCAAAGUGGACAUGGCAUACAUACGACCAGCUAAGAGCAUGGCGUCAAUCACAUGUAUAUCCCACUCCAUUGAUCACUAAAGAAUGGACAGAAUUUCAAUUUCAUAUUGCUGUCGUUCUUCUUUUGAGACCUUCUCCAAAUAGAGCUACGCCAACUUUCGAGGAGCUUCAUGUUGCUUUCCAUUCAGCUGGACAGGCAAUGAACCUUGUUAAAAUAAUGCACCGAGAAGCUUCCGCUGUCUUCGGUUGGUUAACAGUCCAGAGUCUCUUCAUGUGUGGUUUGACCUACAUUAAGUAUCUUCGAACACUUUGCAAUGGCAACGAAACACAUUUGUGCAAGCCGUUUGUUGAAAUCAUUCUUGAAGUCCAAGCAUGUACUUCGAUGCUUGAAACAUUAUCGGCAUUAGAUACUGGUGAUCACGAACAGAUACGAAACGUAUUUGAACUAGCUUCUUCAAACGUUCUUCAUGAACUAGCCAACUCAUGCGACGUUGCCAGUCAGUCCAACAAAGAUAACGAGUGUAUUUGGGAUCUACUUGCCAAAUCCUCUAAUUCUUCACUACAACGGCCCACAAACAUCCAAGGAAGCCCCAUCGAGGUACAAAAAGAGUCUAGCAUUCUUUUCAUUUCGAAGCUUCAAGAAAGAGACAACUCACUUAUGGACGAUGAACAUUUCUACCAACAUGAUGUGGAUGCUAAUUCAACUUCUGGGUACACCCAUUCUCGAAGGUACGAGAGUGCAAUGACCAGCGAUUCCCAAGGUGCCAUUGCUACAAGAACCUGGAAUAGCUCAGAGGCAUCUACAAAUCCCCCAAUUAACAGAGAUGUACCAAGAGAUGUUCCAUACUUCGACAGAGGGUACCACUCAUUCCAGAGCCCUGGAGUGUUCGCUUCACCCAUGAACGAAGGCAUCACUGCCAGCGAUCUACCCAACAUUCCCGACGAUACUAGUGCCGAUCUCGAAAGGUGGUUCCUCUACCCUAUCUAA